GAUUGGGAAAGGCAUCUCUGUAGCAACCAUCCUCAGUUGGAUUUCUUUUAGAACGCAAAAUAGAACAUUGUGAGUCUGUGUUUAUUAACGAAGAUAAACUAAGUUUGUUUGGUCGUCUGUAUGCAAGAUUGCGAAUCUAGCAGAAGGAGACGCUGAGAUAAGCAACAGUUUCAGUCUGAGCUGGAUUCAAUGAGGGAGCCAGAGCGGGAGGAGCAACCUGAAGACGCCAUCAUGCCUCCCAAAUUCAAACGACACCUCAAUGAUGAAGAGGUCACGGGAUCCAUAUGCAGCGAGAGGAGGAACCUGCUGGAGGAAGACUCUGAUGAAGAGGAGGACUUCUUCCUGAGGGGACCAACUGGACCCAGAUUUGGAGCUGGAAGUGACACAAUCAGACAAGUGCAGUCGCAGGUUGAUGAGGUCAUCGAUGUGAUGCAGGAGAACAUCUCCAAGGUGAUCGACAGGGGAGAGCGACUUGAGGACCUGCAGGACAAGUCAGAGAGCCUAUCAGACAACGCUUCAGCCUUUAGCACCAGAGCCAAGCAGCUGCACAGGAGGAUGUGGUGGAGAGAUAUGAAGAUGAAGGCCAUCAUAGCUCUGGUGGUGGUCGUUCUGCUACUUAUCAUCAUCAUUCCAGUGAUAUUGCGGUAUCGCUAGUGUCGCCAGGAGGAGGAAGAAUAUCUCCUCAUCUUCCUCCCAUUCUCCUGCACACAGUCCUCCACAUCAGCCAGGGGCCACCACCCAGCCUCCCAGACCACUGCUGUGCCAGCCUGUGUGGCUCUGGGUAGAAGUUGCUCUUAAAUACAGAUCUAGGACCAGCUCACCCUCUUCCAAUGCUAACCUUUACCGUUAGGUCAGUUUUGUGUUUUCAAUCUUAAGGUCAGUGUCUACUAGAGACCACUUCAUCCUACUCUGUGAUUCCGGGCCAAGGGUGACAUAGGUAGCAUUACGUUGCUGUUACAUACGGGUUGGUUUUGCUUUGCAAAUGACACCUUAUUUAGGGAAAAGGUUGUCAUUUGACAUGCUGCCUGUGUCUCAGUCCUCUCAUCAAACUUAAGGAGAACUCCAUUCAAUACAUGAUACAUAUCAGCUAGUCCGGUGGUCACCAAACUUAAGGAGAACUCCAUUCAAUACAUGAUACAUAUCAGCUAGUCCGGUGGUCACCAAACUUAAGGAGAACUCCAUUCAAUACAUGAUACACAUCAGCUAGUCCGGUGGUCACCAAACUUUUCUGAGUCAAGAUCUCUUUUACAGUCAAAAAGCAAGCCGAGAUCUACCACUUAGAUUUUUUACAUUACUUAAAAAAUUUAACAUUAACUCAAUAGUUAUGUAGGAAUGAGGUUCGGGCAGCAGGUCUAAUACAUUCUCACAGCAUAUUGACUAUAUGCCUGGACUGCCAAUAUUGUUCUUCUCAGACCAAAUUAUUUUUCACAACUUGAGCUUUGAUUACAAAAUAGAUCAGUUGAUGUAGCACUUGCAAGGCAUCGCUAGGGCUGUGGCGGUCAUGACAUUUCAUCAGCUGUGAUUGUCAAGCAAAUAACUGUCUGCCUCAUGGUAAUUGACCGUAAAUUAACAUACAUGUUUAACAUCUCCUGACUUCCACACACAGCCUACAAGCCAUUUAAAAUGUCUAAUAAAUCCAUGUAAUAUAGCCUACACCUCCACAAUAAAUCCAUUAUUCAUUUUAGACAGAUCUAAAGAAGCAUGAUAUGAAGAAAUUGUAUUCUAUUUCAGAAUAAAAUAAUAGCAUACUCCUGAUGUGUCUGACAAAUAGCUGUUGGCUACACUAGUUCAUUUAGCAGACAAGAUUCGUUUAUAAUUCCGUGGUGUUAUAUUAUUUUAUAGUAUGAAGAAUACAAUUUUACAAAACUGAAUAAAAUUAUACAUAUUUUCUCCAAAUGAUUUGAGGGAGUGUGCACAUGCGGCUGUUCUGUGUUGAGCAUUAACAAAGACAUAGGUACUCCUAUAUUGCUUAAUUUAGAGUUAUUUAUGUCACUUGUUCUACAAUCAUUGGGCUGGCUUUAUGUUUAGAUUUUUUAUACAUGGUAAGGUCGCAUGAUGCAACUUUAAAUCUCUGCUUUGUUUUUUUGCGCAGGCUGAACACAGUCUCUCAUUCACAAUUUGACAAGCGAUUUGACAACGCCUAGAAGUUCAAGGCGGCAUCCCCUUUGUGGCCGUAAUGCAUCCUAUAAAAACCCAUCCCCUUUGUGGCCGUAAUGCAUCCUAUAAAAACCCAUCCCCUUUGUGGCCGUAAUGCAUCCUAUAAAAACCCAUGCCUUUUGUGGCCGUAAUGCAUCCUAUAAAAACCCAUGCCUUUUGUGGCCGUAAUGCAUCCUAUAAAAACCCAUGCCUUUUGUGGCCGUAAUGCAUCCUAUAAAAACCCAUGCCUUUUGUGGCCGGGAGUGCUGCAUUGUGCCCUUCUCCCUGAGUCUGCUGCGCAAUCCGAAACGUCUCUCUCACACGGCUCUGACACACCAGAGACGCAACUGAGCGCGUCCUUAUCCAAUUACGAAGUGCAUAUUGAAGAUAUUGGAAGAACUGUCCACAUUUUCUUUUCAUUCGCCAACAAGAUGAGUUGGCCUAACGAAAAGCACUAGCAUAUGUCAAUGUACUAUCCCCUAUAGUACAAAAGCCGACCUAUUCUAUGCGAGAAAUUAAUAUUUCAAGCAUAGUCUGGGACAGUUGUGGGAUGCGAUAGAUCCCAAUUUAAUAUAACCACUAGCAUAAAAAAACGUUUUUAUGCAAUGUGGCUGACGCAACAGAUCAGAACAUAUAGCUUAAAAUGUUAAUAAACUAUUAGGCUAUUUUCUUCCACAUUAUAACCGCAGCAAUGCACACAUGGUAAUAGGCAAUAAGCGCAAAUGUUCCAUUAGCGGGAAACAAUAUUAUUAAAAGUGACCGCAAAUGCAAAUAUACAUAUACAUGUAAUGCUUUUACUAUAAAGGUGCAUUUUAAUGGUGAAAACUGGAAACUCACGCGCUGCUUGUAAAUGCCAGUUAGGAUCUACACCCCUUGUAAAGGUGAUUAAUAUGUUUAAUUUUAAGUUAUUUGACCACUUUAGUUGUGAUACAACCCGUAUUAAAACAUAUAGGCCUAUGGGCUAGACUACACGAGGUGUGCGAAUAUGAUUGAACAAGUCGCAACAAAAAAGUAUUUGUUUCUUAUGCUGGGCAUCAUUCACAAGUGAUAAUAUAUCAUUCAUACGUGAUAAGCUAAUAUUGUCACCCAUCAGACUAUUCUUCAUUUAAUGUUGUCUUUACAUAUACUAAAUAAUAUAUGUGACAUUAGUUUUGAUUUAGAAUGGACCAUUAUCAUGCACCUGUAUUGAAACGGGGCAGCAGGAAAAAAUCUCACGCAAUUGCAUUGCCUAUAGAAAUGUUGAGCAGCUUGAGCUCAUCGGCUCUCAUGAAGUGUUUGAUUAGAUCUUUGAAUAUAUUUGCAUUGAUGUUGAAGUGAUUAGAGGGACAAUAGAGUGCUGAGGACCAGGUAGUUAUCAAGUUUGGUAGGCUACUAAUGACCAGCAGCAACUUCAGAGCUUGGAGAAGCCUAAUUACCGUGACUAAACGGUCAUGUGGAAUUUGACUGCCUUCAUGACAUACGGUCACCGCAACAGCCUUAGGCACAGUUGAGCAUAUAUUUUAGAAUUUGCUUUAUUAUUUUACUGGACGUAUGGUACCUGCAUCUGAUGGUCAUGGUGCUUUCACGACAACUGGGAACUCGGAAAAAUCGAGGUCAAAUCAUGACUUCAGUGAAUUUCAGGUGGGAAUGUCGGAGCACUGAAAGAUGCUGGAGUUACAGAGUUGGAUUACCGUUCAAAACGAUUUUCCCCAGUUGGAUCUCAUUUUUUUUCAGAGUUCCGACUUCAGUGUGUUCAAGACAACUGGGAAGUCUGAGAUUUCAGUUCUUUUGUAAAAACGGUAUUAGUCUCAAGGGAGGGAGAGAGCAGCAGAGGGUCUGCCUCUCACGGUUCCUGCUCUCUCCUUUCCUCAGACCAGAGAGAGGGGACAUACUCUUUCAACUGAUGGCGAAACUCAAGUUGCAUCUGCCUCAGGCACAAAUUCUUGUUGUUCCUAUGACCAAAGAAAGUGAAAUACUCCUUGAUAUUAAAAUAUACACUAUGAGCUGCUAAUAAUAAUAAAACGCAGGGCUAUCGAUACACUUGGCUACUCAUUCUUUGCUGCUUCAGUGUGAGUGGAAGAGGAGAGAAGAGUGUUUAAUGUUUUGUAAUAGUUUGAAUUAAAACAGUGUUGACAGUGCUGAAUAAAACUUAGACAUGAACUCACUCAUAAAAACAGCAGUUCUUUGCUGUAUUCUUUGACCGUCUCUCUCUGGACAUGGUUUUAAAAUUUAUGAAAUCUAGGGCCUCUCGAGUAACGCAGCGGUCUAAGGCACCGCAUCGCAGUGCUAGAGGUGUCACUACAGAUCCGGGUUCGAUCACAACCGGCUGUGAUUUGGAGUCACAUAGGGCGGCGCACAAUUGGCCCAGCUUCGUCAUGGUUAGGGGAGGGUUUGACUUUACUUGGCUUAUCGCGCUCUAAGGACUCCUUGUGGCAGGCUGGGUGCCUGCAGGCUUGACCUCAGUCAUCAGGUGAACGGUGUUUCCUCCGACACAUUGGUGCGGCUGGCUUUCGGGUUAAGCGGGCGGGUGUCAAGAAGCGUGGUUUGGCGGGUCAUGUUUCGGAAGACGAAUGACUCGACCUUCGCCUCCCGAGACCGUUGGGGAGUUGCAUCGAUGAGACAAGAUCGAAAUUGGGGAGAAGAAAGGGGGUAAAAUACACACAAAAAAAGGUAUGAAAUCUUACAUAGGCUAGUAUUAAACUUUGCUGUGGGCGGGGACGUGAAAGCUGUAGGUAGGCACGGUGAUUUGAGCUAUCUGAUUAUCUCCCGGUCCACCAGGUAGGCAGAGUUUGUAUUUUCAGACAAACAAGACAAGGCUUCUACCACCAACAGCACAACACGGGGGAAAAAAGGAGUGCAAGUGAUUUGCCUUUAUCGUUGGCUUUUCGACAGAAAUGUUGGUGAUCGUCUAGGAAUGCCUUGAAGAUCGACCAGCGAUAGACCGAUUGGUGACCUUUGCCAGUAAGGUUACAUUUCAUAUCAUAUACUGUAGUCAGACGUAUUAUUAUUAUUAUAGUCAACUUAUUAUAAUUAUUUAUUAUUAUAGCCGGAUGUAGUAGUAUUAUUAUAGCCGGAUGUAGUAGUAUUAUUAUA